AUGACAGUGAAGAUGUUAUUUAUAUUAGUGCUAUUUUGCUUACUUACUCGAUCAAUACAAGGAACAAGCAAACCGAAUUGGUUCAAAACGCCCGAUUAUUCCCGCUUACAGAAUUUUAAUUUCUUCAUGAAUCAAAGAAAAUUUCAAGAUCUUGUUCCAGCUCUAAAAUUUUUUCGUAUGGUGUCUUUAACUGAAAAUGAUAUAGAAAACCAACUAGAAAACAUUAAUAAACAUUUUUAUAAUCUACAAGAUGUCUGGACGAUUGCUGAUAAUUUUAGGCAUUUGGAGAAUCAACUAUUAAAACCAGGUAUGGCGUUACCAUUGUCUGUCUCACCAAGCUCAAAGGAAACAGAUACAGCGAACUUACACAUAAAUAGCAGAACAUCAACACCACAGCCCUUCACAAACUCGUAUGUUACAACUGCUGAAGAUAUAAGUACUCUUCCAAAUAUACUAACUAAUUCACCAAAAAUGGAGGAUAGCUUAAACAGCAGCCAAGAAGAUGACUAUAAUAUUGAUGUACGAGAAGAUUUAAAU